UCGAAGCCAAAUGAAGUGUGCCGCUGUUUCUAUGCAGCUGCAAUAGAAAGACAGAGAGCAAGAGUUAGGGAAGGAAAUAAAGUUAAAGAUAUACUACACCAGGCAAGAGAGAGAAAGGAGGACAAGAUAACAAACUGGCCAGAUUUUGAAGUUGGAUGUUAAACAAGGACUGACAGGUGAAAUCCCACAUUUGGAAAAUGGUGCGCUCUUUACGGAAGUGGUUCAGUGACUACCUGGCGGAGCGCCGGCUUUGCAAAAGCCGCUUGGUGACCAAAGAUGGCCACUGCAACAUUGAGUACGGAAACAUUAAAUAUCAGAGCCAUUUGGCCUAUGUUCUCGAUCUCUGGACGACACUUGUGGAAAUCCGUUGGCGUUUCAUUCUCUUCUUCUAUGUGGCUUCCUUCUCAAUGAGCUGGUUCAUUUUUGGUUUGAUAUGGUACUGGAUUUGCCGAGACAACGGAGAUCUGACAUGGCAGAACCCACAGGAAGGCCACAUACCAUGUGUGGACAACGUCAAUGGUCUCACCGGAGCAUUCCUCUACUCGCUAGAGACCCAGACCACCAUAGGGUAUGGAGGACGUGCCCUCACUACAAAGUGUCCAGGCGCUGUUGCUCUUUUAAUCAUUCAGUCCAUUAUAGGUAGUCUUAUCGCCUGCUUUUGGUGUGGUGUUGUCAUGACCAAGAUAGCUCUCCCCAAGAAGAGGGCCAAAACCAUUCACUUCAGUGAAGCAGCUGUCAUUUCUCCUAAGAAUGGUACACUGUGUCUUCAAAUCCGUGUGGCAAACCUUCGCAAGACCCUCAUGAUUGGUAGCCAGAUCUACGGCAAGUUGCUGCGGACAACCAUAACCCCUGAAGGGGAGGCCAUUAUUUUAGACCAGGUCAAUAUUGAUUUCAUGGUUGAGUCUGGAAAAGACAACCUGUUUUUUGUCUGUCCCUUGACUCUUUAUCAUGUCAUUGACAAGUCCAGCCCAUUCUUUGAAAUGGCGGUGGAUACAAUACAUCAGCAGGAAUUUGAGCUGGUUGUUUUCUUGGAUGGCACAGCAGAGUCCACCAGCUCCUCCUGCCAGGUCAGAACUUCAUAUAUCCCACAGGAGAUCAUGUGGGGCUACAAGUUCCAAUCCAUCAUCUCCCGUAACAAGGAAGGGAGAUACCGUGUUGACUUCUCCAACUUUACCAAGGUGGUGCCCAUGCCAACUGCACACUGUGGCUACUGCUUUCACAAUGAGAAGGGCCACCAUCACCACAACAGGAAUGGGACUGAAGCCCAGGGAUUUGAGGUCAUUGACAUGAAUGAACCAGAUAAUGGCACUAAAAUGUGAACUUCAGAUACACGUUAUAUGUCUAAUGAAGUUGUGUUACUGGACUCAUCAUGUAUGGCCUUACCUUUGACCGAUAACAAAACAACUACUGAACACCUACAACAUAAGAAAAAUAGCCAUCAUCAUUCUACAGAACAUCUGGGUUUGACUUACAAACUUAGAAAUCCAUUUGAGGCCAAUAAGGCCCUUUUUUGUGUCAUUUGCAGCUUUUUGAAAUUUGUUUCACAAUGUCAGAUUUUCCUCUUGUACAGAUUUUACAAUCAAUGGUGUCCAUGGUAAAUCAAUAUGUGUUUUAAAUGAAAAAGAGUACUUCUAUAAUUUAUAACUGUGGUGUGAAUUGUGACAGAUUUUGUACUUUCAACUCUUUGUAAAUAUUGUACAUAAUAAAUAAAUAUAUUGUUUCAUUCAA